GUCGACAGGCACUGAUUGGACAAUUUCUUUGCUGAAAGCAACUGCCAAACAGUUUUCUUUGCUCAAAUCGCCAUUUAUAUAACGAUUUGCAGGGAUUUUCGCGAUCCCAAGAGUGCUUGAUAUCAGUCCCCAUGGUGAGGUGUCCCGUGGACUAGGAAUCGGCCCAGAAAGCAGGCGAAAAGCGAGGUGAAAGCAGGCGACACUUCGAUCAAGAAAAGGGGGAGGAGGCGGUUCCUCUAAAGAAAUCGAAUCCAAACGAGAACUUAACCACUUGGCAGCGAAAUGGAAAAUCACUAAGGCAUUCGGCAGAUGCAAAGGGGACUAGGAUCGCGGUCCAGACUGGGAUUGGGAAUCGAUUUGGAAGCCGCAGCGCGGUGUAAAUGCGUGCGGCCGUUGGCCUGAUGCUGUCGCACGGUGGUGGUGUUGUGGAGCCAGCGAUGUCCCGGCCGGAUUACGAGCAGAGCGCCCUGCACCACAGCUGCCUGCUGGUGCUGCUUCGCGGCGUGGGACCAUCGCGAGCCCGCAUCCUCCAGCGGGCGUUCGAGAAAGUGCGACGUGUCAGCCACAUCCGGGUGAAUGAUUCUGCUGGCAAUCCCCGCUCUAUUUGGAUCCGCUUCGUCCAUGAUCACCCCGUGGAGCACAACGAUUGGGGCGACUUUCAGACCCAUCGUCGUCUGCUCGGACUCAUCACCAUUGGCAAAUUCGAUAACCAAACAGAACUCAAUGAGCUGUGCCGCCAGCACGAGUCCCUGAAAGUUCGCUAUGGAUCCACUCUGUACGAAUCCCGUGCCAUUUUCUUUGGACCCGAUGAAACGCCCUUGGAAACCAUUGGCGAGGCAUUAGCACCACCACCAGCUGGAGGCCGUCGCCUUCAAGAUGACUUCACUACGCCCUCGAACUUCAAAGCACAAGCAUUUUUCUAUCGCGAACAGGAUUCGUGUGCGGAUCUAGAAUCUCGAAUUGGGGACUUUGCCAGCGCUUUGUUUUGGGUCCUCGAAUCGCGACGUUUGGAGCGAUCGCGAGAAAAAGCGGACAAGGUGAGCCUGCUGCUGGCGCCCUUCGAAAAACGCGACUUUGUGGGUCUGGACAUGGAGUCGAGAAACAAUAGAAAAAGGUGCGUAGGUCGAGUGAUGAAAAACCUAGCAGAUCUGUCGCUGCAAGCCGGUCUGGUGGACGAUGCCCUGAGUUUGUACCACAAUGCUAAUGAGACCUUGAGGUCGGUGGGCGAUUCCCUGUGGGUGGGUGCAACAGAAGAGGGUCUGUGUGCUGCCUCAGCGAUACUCUUGUAUCCCCAAAUGCGAGAGAUUGAGACGCUGCAUAGGAACUCUUCGCUUCAGGAGGCUGGCACGUCACCUCUGAAAAACACUCCCGAAAAGUGGCGUGCCAGCGAUGCGACCAAGAAGAUUAGUGCCAGUGAAGCCACCACAAACAAUGUGGAUUGCUCCCAGCAACAGCAGCAGCAGCAGCGUAUAACGUCAAACUCUUCUUCCUGCUCAUCGGUGUCUUCCCUGGUGACCACGGCCACCAAUUCGUCCGCUUCGGAUACGUCGACCACCUCGUCCUCUUCCACAUCGACGAUAUCGGCGGCACCGAUUCCGGGACACCAGAGGAACGGCGAUCUGCCGGGGAACAUACUCAAGGCGGAGGAGAUCACCAACUACUAUCGCAAGGCCAUCAUUAACUACAGCAAAUACAGCCGCGCAGCGACCAUUGAAACGGAAGCGGCUCUGAAAGCCUCGCGAAUUUGCAUAGAACAGAAUCGGCCUCUAGAUGUGGCCAUGUUCCUGCAGAAUAUGCUGUACAUUAACCUGAGCAUGAGCGAAGCGGAGCGAGUAAAGAGAUUUGAGAUUAUUACGGAGCUAUACCAGCAGAUUGGAUACCAAAGGAAGGCGGCAUUUUUCCAACGACUGGCUGCACUGAAACAUGUACAACAGGGCAGCCAGGCGCCGGACUGGAAUCAGAGCUAUCGCCUCAUGUUGGGCAGCUUUACGGGGUAUCUGCUAUGUCUGGAUCCUUUGGAGGUGCUGGAGAAUGCAGCCGGCUGGCCGGCGCUGCAGAUCGAUCUGGUCCAGAGCCUAAUAACAGCCGCCAGACGUUUGGGACACUCCGCUCUAGCCACCCGCCACAUGACCUUCCUGCUGCAGACCCAGUGGGAUAACAUGUCGCCCACGGAGCAAAGCGAGAUGGCUGUGCAACUGCAGAAUUUAAGUGCACAGUGUGAGGGAUCACCUGUUCCUUUAGUGCUCGAGAAUGGCACUGUGAUACCGCCCGCCAACUUAACGGAUCUGCCCUACUGCCUCGAUCUACAGGUCAAAGAUUUGCCCGCCCACCUGCGACCGCAGAGAAUAAAGGUGGCCAAGGCGGAUAGUGGACCGUUUCUUUUUACGCCCAUACACUUUAAUUCGGUCGACAGAAGGGACAAGAAAAAGGACAAAAAUAAAAUAGCUUUCCAGUGGGUGCAAAACGAUCUCAGUGAGGUCACCGUGCGCCUGCGCAAUCCUCUGCCCUUUGAGCUGGCCGUGACGGACAUGAGGUUAUUGACGAACGGUGUCGUCUUUGAGUCUCUGCCCCAGACUAUUGUUCUGCAGCCACAUGUUCCCACGUAUGUCGCGCUUCAUGGAACGCCCAUUGAGCCAGGACAGCUGGAUCUGCAGGGCUACAGUACACACACGCUCGGCGUAAAGUCCAACUGCCGGCUGAAGCACAUGCGGGGGCGCAGCUUUCCGCCCAACUACCUAGUGGAUGUAAUACCCGCGCUUCCUAAAAUAUCCGUAAAAACUUCCCUGCCCCAGACCGCGACGUUUGGCAACUUGAACAGUGCCGAUAUUGUAGUGACUUCCGCCAGCUUGACCCUUUACAAUGGUGAAUCCUCUAGCUGCACGAUAACGAUCACAAAUGAGAGUACAACGCUGGCGUUGGAGCACCUGGAGGUUAACAUCAACUCGAAUGUGGAGCAGGAGCUGCAGAAAAAGAUCUUUCGGAUAGAUGAAGAGGCUUUAAAGAGCAAGCUACCAGUGUCUCCCCAAAGCUCGAUUGAAAUUAUAUUGUAUGUUUAUGCCGAAGCGGACUUCGUUUGUCCCCAGCCACCAGCUUCGGUCCAUUCGAGCGCUGCUGCCGGGGAUUACGGUGCGGCGUCCCUUACGCACUACUCCAACAUUUCCACCUCCGGACACGCCAGCUUGCCCUCGCGAGUCAGUUCCCCGCAACAUCGUCGGCAUGAGCCUCAAAACUCCAGUUUUCGUUCAACGUUCUCGGGCGGCCAGCCAUCGCUAGCUGCUUUGAGUCUGCAGCCAGGCGGCGUAGGAAGAGGAGCAGGACCUUCCAGCCUUGGCUCGCAAUAUUCGCAGCACAUUGAGGCACAAGUGCGAUUAAAGUACUCCGGCGGAGAGGCUCUAACGGCCGGCUACUGCCGCCAGUGUGCGGUGUCUUUUAACCUAGAACUUUUGCCCAGCGCGCAGAUAACGAGCUGGGAUGUCCUUCCCGCUGAGGUAGCCUCACAAUUUUACCUGGUACUUGACAUUUCCAACCUAACCGCUCAAGAGAUGUCGCUCAACUAUACGGACACCAAGAAUAUACUCAUCGAGGCCGAAGAGAGCUGCCGGGUGCCCAUACCAGUGGAUCGUUGCUCCCUGGAGCAAGUGGUUGCUGCGCGGGCAGCCGAAGUAGCUGAGAAUCUGGAAAGGGAACUCUGCUUUCGCACCCAGCUGUUGUCGUUUAAUGAUGCUUUGAGCAAACUCUGCUCAAUUCACAUAGCUGAACGUGUGAAAAUCAAUUGGCUGUUGACGGGAACAGAUAUUCAGGGAAUCGCUUCCCUGCGAGGGAUUGUUCUCACCCAGCCCAUGGUCGAUUUGACGGCUGUAUCGCCUUUGGAGUGGGCCAUCAGCCUCCAGGAGACGCCUGUGCAGCCGCACAGUGAGAUCGUGUGCACGGUAGGCCAGCGUUCGCUGCUUAGCAUCCAGCUGGCCAAUCAAUCCCUGCAGCCGCUCAGGAACUUGGUGUUGAGCAUUAAGUUCUAUCAGGAUUACCUGAACGGAAUGGAGAAUUACAAUUUGGAGACACGCGUGGCCAUUUCAGGACCAAAUAGAAUUGCAAUUCCCAUACUAGAGAAGCAGGAGCAGAAACAGCACACUUGCUCUGUGAUAUUCUUUACGCCCGGACGCUUCAAGGCCAGCAUAGAAUGCACCAGUAAUCCGCAGAAGCAGUCGGAGGCACUGCUAACCCGUUCCUGUCCGGCGGAAACCGAGAACGGCGGCCAAUCAGUAAUGUUCUCCUCCAGCUAUGAUGAGCAGCAGGUGCAUGUUUGGAAGUUCAUUCCGCCUAUCGAGGUUACUGUCGUGGAGCAGUGAAAUGUUAACUGUCGCUAGUUUAAUUUCGUUAUUAUGUUUGUGUAUGUAUUGUGUAUACCCACUCCUCCGCUCCCGUUAAAUAGUUUGAUUCUUGCUCUGUUAUACCCGAAAAUACGAAAAGCAAUUGUUUGUAAAGAAUUCUAAACUAGAUACAAAAUAUAACGCAUAACACUGUAUAUAACUAAGCUCAAACACAAAACAUAAACUGUACCCUAAGCUUGAUAGAGAAAAUGGCCAUAACAUAAAUCUAAUAGAACCUAUAGUCCAUGCCUGUAAAACAUAUACAUAUUUAAACAAGCGUUACGCCGUGGUGUAUUUAUAUAGAUAGCAAAUGUUCCGCGCACUAAAAGCCACGCCAAGCAUUAUACAUUUUGAUAACAAACUCGUAUUUACAAAAUAUUUUUAUACAAUUACCGGGGCAAUACACAUGUAUCAUUAUGAACUACAAAUUAAUAUUGUUGCUAAAGAAAUUAUGCCAAUGAAUUGUGUGAAUAACUGUAGUGUAAACGCAAUAAAACCUAUUUGACGAAAAA